AUGUAUCCUUACCGUACCACAUCACUACCUCCACCUAGGAGGCGCCGGCGGCCAAGACUCUUCACCAAGGAUAUCGAAACCAUCCUUUACGCUAUGGGUGACGGUCCCAUCUCGCUAGAUUCUACCGUCAAGUGUCUAGAAGAUUGCCUUGUGGAGUUUCUCUCUGACUUGUCCCAUGAGUCACUUCAGUUUGCUAGAUCGCACGGUCGUUCGCGUGUUAAGAUAGACGACAUUCCUUUUGCUUUGCGUAACGAUCCUCAGAAGCUUGGAAGAAUGAAUUACAUUAGAGAGCAGCUUGCCAAAAUUGAAAAAGCGAAGAAGAUGUACGACACCAACAACGUCAACGAGAAGGAGCUUUUUGCGGACGACGACGAUGAGGAGGAUGAACCAAAGGAAAAGAAAACCAAGAAGGAGAAGAAAAGCCGCAAGAAGAAAAACACAGCCAAUGUGCUGUUUAACGACUCUAACGAAAGCGAGUAA